GUGGUGUCCAUGAUGUGAUUUGAUAUUUGCCAACCGGCAAUAGAAGAUGCAAAAUCUCUCCCUCUGUCUCGCCUUUUUUGUCUGUCACUUCCUCAAACAAGAUGCCACAAAAUAAGUGCUAAAUAGACAAGUUAAAAAGAUAAGAACCACAAAAAAACAAAAGAAAAAGCUAAAAACAAAAACGGAAAAUUUUUGUACAAAUUGUUAGAAUUAAUCGACAUCAAUCGACAUGCAUUUCAACAAUGAAACGGAAAUGAAUCAAUGUCCAAAUUUAAACAGUCGCACAAUUAAUCUAUCGACAAGCAAAAAUUGCAGCACAUCCUCCACAGAUUCGGGUGUAAUAUUAAUUGAUAAUGCAGCUGCCUACAAAUCGGAGAUAAAGCCAACGACCAAAGAUAAUAACAGCAAUAUCAACAGCAGCAGCAGCAGCAACAGCAACAGCAGCGGUAGCAGCAGUGAAGGAGAGGAGUCUGCCAAGGCGAAAUCUCAGACGGAAGUCAAGCCUCCUCGUAUCAGCAUUGAGCAGAGUCAUACAAUAAAUGUCAAUAAAGUGGGAAAUAAUAAAAUUUCACCUACUCUCUCAAUACGAAGCAACACAAUAUCAAUUGUUUCCAUCGAUGAGAAUGCCAUCGAUUCCAGUUGCAUUGAUAGCGACUCAGAGCUAGAUGGCGAAGGUAUAAACGAUGAAUACACUGUACAGAAGCUGGGACAACAGAUUAGCUAUCCGGCAAACAGUGGCGAUCUCAAUCAGCACCUGCCACCCGGUGUUACAGUAAUCAGUCGUCAAGUGACACCGACAACGCAACUGACAUCGACACCCACGCCCACUCAAGCUGCUGGUGUUGUGGCCAAACAGCUGCUCAAUGGCCAACUAAAUGUGGCCUCAUCCACUGGUGUGGUCGCCACAGCUGCUUCUGCUGUUUCUAGCCCAUCGGCGGAGAUCGGUCAUGUGGCAGUCAAUAAUUCCACAGAUGUAACCUUUGGUGAUAAACAUUUCUACGAGGGACCCGUAACGAUCCAACAGUUUCUUAUCGAUAAUCGCGAGAAAUGGAAACCAGUCGAUGGCGAAGGGGGUCAGGAUAAUCCUGCCUAUAAUGGCGGUAGGGCCACAGCAAAUGGAGAUGCCAAAUUGAAUGCUCCAACACAGGCGCCAUUAUUAUGCCCAUAUCUGCCUAAUACCAUAAGUCGCAAGGCCAUCACAAUAACGGUAACAUUUGUACUGUUCACCAUCAUCCUGGGCAUUAUAUUGGCCACCACAACAAAUCUUUUUGGCAAGACAAUGAAUAAAAGUAAGCUUCUUGUCGGUGAUGGCGAUGAUCCCAGACUAAAUAUUCCAAUCAAUUCAACAAUAGAUCGGGACAAUAUAGGCGGUGGCCUCGUCCUGAGAUUUGUACCCCGUGCCGCUUGGUUGGCCCAGCCAGCUCAGAAACCGCUACCCGCCCUGAGCCUACCCGUUCCCCUAGUCAUUGUAUUGCCAACCAAUAGCGAAAAUUGCACCACCCAGGCGGAAUGUGUAUUCCGUGUACGUUUCCGUCAGACAUUCGAUAUUGAAUCACUGCAACAGGAUGAUAUAGCCUAUAAUUUUCUCAUUGGCGGCGAUGGCAAUGUCUAUUGGGGUCGCGGUUGGGAUCUGGUCGGAGCCCAUAUGCGUGGCUAUAAUGAUCGUAGUCUAAGUCUGGCCUACAUUGGUUCCUUCCGAAAGCAAAAGCCAUCACCCAAACAAUUGAGUGUCACACGAUUACUACUCGAAAAUGGUGUUAGUCUGGGCAAAAUUGCACCAAACUAUCGUUUGACAGCGGCCAUCAAUCUAGAGCCAACUAUUACCGAUUACAAGGCCGAAAUGCUCUACGAAAGUUUUGCAAAUUUUACGAAUUGGACGCCUAAAAAAAAUUGGCCCACCUUGAGUCGUAAAUUUUUGACGAAAAUGUUAAAACCCCAGGCCCAUAAUACGCAAACUGCUCAGAAUACAAAUGUUAAAAAACAGCCAAGAGAACUGAUCGUGCUAUGUGCCAUACUCUUGAUUGUGGUGGCCACUGUAGUCGGUUACUUUCUAUGGUUAAUAACUCAUUCAUCGGAAGCGAAUAAUCAAAAUCUUCAUAUACUCGAUCGCAGUGAAUGGCAAGGGGAACCACCGACACAAUUAUAUGCACAUCUUCGAUUGCCUGUCUCCAAUGUGAUUAUUCACCACACCGCAUCCGAGGGAUGCGACACUGAGGAAAUUUGCAUCUAUCGGAUGCGUGUGAUACAAACAUUUCAUAUGAAAUCUUUGGGCUGGUCAGAUAUUGGCUACAAUUUUCUUGUCGGCGGCGAUGGUCAAGUCUAUGUGGGACGAGGCUGGCAUGUACAGGGACAGCAUGUUAAGGGCUACGGUCCGGUGUCAAUUAGCAUUGCCUUCAUUGGCACCUUUGUGAAUGUGGAGCCACCGGCUCGCCAAAUCGAAGCGGCCAAAAGGUUAAUGGAAGAGGGUGUUCGCCUACAUAAGCUGCAUCCAGAUUAUCAUAUCUAUGCCCAUAGGCAACUAAGUCCCACGGAGAGCCCCGGCGAGAAGUUGUACAACCUAAUGAAGCAUUGGCCACGCUGGACCCAAGAGGUAGACUCAUUGCGUCGCCUCAACAAUGAAACACUCAAGUUUGUGCCACGCGCAUAUUGGUUGGCCCAACCUGCCACCCAACCGCUUACAUCCCUGAAGCCGCCCAUCGAACGUGUCCGGUUUGUGGCAGCUGAGACCGAGACUUGCCUCACUCAGGCUGAGUGCACAUUUCGAAUGCGUAGCCUACAAACGUAUCACAUUGAGAGCCUCCAACUGUCCGAUAUCAAUUACAAUUUUGUAAUGGCCGAUGAUGGCAAUGUCUAUGUGGGCAGGGGCUGGGAUUUCAAUUCCCAGGACAAUUACACUGGAUUCGUUUUGGCUUUUAUGGGUAAAACGCAGCCAUCGGCCAAACAAAAAUUAUUGGCCCACGAGCUCAUACAACAGGGCGUACGAUUGGGUCACAUACAAAAGGAUUAUCAAAUGAUUGAUCAGAAUAAUAGUAAUAACAAUUCAACAUUGAGAAUAUUGCAACGCGGUGAAUGGUUGGCCCAACCGGCACAGAAACCUUUACCGACUCUGAACCUACCCGUAUCCCUUGUCAUUGUAAUGCCCACCAAUAGCGAAAAUUGCACCACAGAAGCGGAAUGUGUAUUCCGUGUACGUUUCCGUCAGACAUUCGAUAUUGAAUCGCUGCAACAGGAUGAUAUAGCCUAUAAUUUUCUCAUUGGCGGCGAUGGCAAUGUAUACAAAGGACGCGGUUGGGAUCAGGUUGGAGCCCAUAUGCGUGGCUAUAAUGAUCGUAGUCUAAGUCUGGCCUACAUUGGUUCCUUUCGAAAGCAAAAGCCAUCACCCAAACAAUUGAGUGUCACACGAUUACUACUCGAAAAUGGUGUUAGUCUGGGCAAAAUUGCACCAAACUAUCGUUUGACAGCGGCCGUCAAUCUAGAGCCAACUAUUACCGAUUACAAGGCCGAAAUGCUCUACGAAAGUUUUGCAAAUUUUACAAAUUGGACGCCUUAGAUGCCACAAAAAAAAAAAAAGAUAAAAUUAAAUAAUAUUUACGGUUUUCAGCUUUGAUAAAUAUAUGCAAUCAAUAUGCAUAUGUAGUUUGUAAUCUGUAAUUCGUAAGAUUACAAGGCUGAUAUGCUCUAUGAAAGUUUUGCCAACUGGGCACAUUGGUCUUAAGCUACAAAAAUUAGAGAUAUAUAACUGUGUCAUAUAUAUUACAUUUACAUUUGCUUUAUCUUUGUUUUAAGGCAAAAUCAAUUUGAUACUCAAUUGUAAAAUACAAUUUAGCAUAAUUUAUGGCAAUAAACAUGCUUUUAUUAAAAAUG